UUUUAUGCUAAGCCUCGUGCACUCGGUGCUUUAGUAUUGUGCCGAUCUCUCCGGGCGAUCGUCGUCGAUCGAUCUUGUCUGCGUUUGCGAAAUACGUACGAACGACUGAAUACUUUCGGUAUCAACAAGCGGGUCGUGUAGGUACGCGUGUGAUCGUCUCAAAUUCGCGACCGCGAGUGUUGUUUUGUUGCGAUUGGAAAUUGGAAAGAACUUUCGCGGCGCGUGUCGUCCGCCGGGCGCGCGGUCUUUUGUUUACGUUUGCGAUCGCGUUGUUUGUCGCUGUUGAAGCCAGUUCGCGGAUCGUACGUGUGUUCGAAUUUGUGGGUGUGCCCACCGCUGUUUGGCUAUUAGCUGCUAUUAGUUGGAAGCUCUCUAAAUCAUCCAGCGCCGUUCGAGUGAUGCAGUGCUAAACCGGACCGGAUCCGACCAUCCAGCCAACCAACCAACCAACCAACCAAUCACCCAGCCAGACAAUGUCAUCCCUGCGGAAAUCGGCAUCGUUCCGCUCCCGGAUACCGGUACGGCGGACUCGGGUGGCGACACGCCGGUGCGUGAGCCCUCAGCCAUCGACGUCGACGGUGACCAGUGCCGGGUCGAUUUAUGACGGCGGUGGUGGCCGUCAAUGGUACGAUAGACGCUAUUCGUCCUCCAGCUAUACGAGCAGCGACGAGAGCCAUGACGAGUCCGAAAUGGAACCACUCGAGCAUUUACUCGGAUCGCGCACUUCGGGAGCACAGGAUACCAGGGUGCCAUUGCCGCACUAUAUUGAAAACAUUUUGAGCGUGUCCACAGAUGCGAUCAGCCUGGACGGACUGCUGGACUGCGUAAGCAGUGGGAGCUUUUCCAGCCCACCAUCACCCAGGGUGAGCACGGGCGGAGUAGGCGGACAGAGGCCGGUUGGGGCCGAGGAUGAUUCCGGCAUCUAUCAGAACGACCCCCGUCGCAAUCAUCGCCCCCCAACAGCCAACAAUGAACGGAUUAUCAGCGGUGGCGAAUCGUCGGCCGCCUCUUCAUCGUCGUUGGACGAAUUGAAUUACGCCCUCGAAACGCUCAAAAUCAGUGACACAACAUCUUACGCCAGCAAACGGCUGCCGCCACUUAAUCAACCGUAUGAAAAUCUCAUUAACGAACCGUCAAGCGACCGGGAUCCGAGUCUGGAUACGCUGGAGGAGGCUGAUUUGCGGAAACAAAGAAAGCUGUCCGACUGGUACUACAUCAAGACCAGUCCGACCAAGCACAAGAAAGCUUCCGCGCCCACAAGUCCUUGCGUCCAAAGGCGAAAUCAAACCGGCGGCAGUGCGUCUCCACUUCCGCUGCAACAGCAGCUUCUUGUACCACCGAUGGCGUCCCCCCCUUUGGGUGGCGAUGGCGGCUGCGCUCCUAAACAGGGCCAAGUGCCGCUGACAAAAGUUUUAAUUGCCAGCAAAUAUUCCGCUCCGACUGCAGCAGGGUCCCGGCACGAUUGCACCAGCCACAAUUCAAACUUGCCAAACAGCAAUAAAUUCUCAUCUCCGCUGUUGGAUUCGAGGCGAACCGGGGAGCAUGGGUCGCCACCGAAGCCGGCACUGCCGCCGCAAGCUGCACCUCGGCGGCAUUUUCCGGUUGACGCGCCCAUUUCGGCGACAGUUUCAACAAGUUCUGGCCCUACAGCAACGACGGUAAAUGCCAUCAAUGAGAGCAAUCGGUCGCCACCCUCGUGUAAAUGGAUCAAUAAUGGGACGCGAUUAGAUACGUCGAUACCCAGUCACAUCCAUCAACUCAGCAACGACAUCAUCAUCACCAGCACCAGCAGUAGCUUCGAACACAUCCCGGAGAUUAUCGGAAAUCGAUUUUCGCCGUACUGCCAACGUAAACAUCAGCUGCAUCAGCAUACGCACCGCCAUCAUGCAGGUCCGCAAGGCAUUUAUGAAAAUUUUCCAGCGAAUCAAAUCCCGGCCGCAGCUAUUAUGUCCGCUCAGGACCAUCAGUUCCCGCAACCGUAUGACAUUGUCGAUAUGAAUCAACUGCAGCAAGAGCAGCGGCAGCAACAGAAACGAUUUAAAAAGGCUGUGAAACGACCGUUGCCGAGGGUCCCGGUUGUGGAACCAGGUCCUCAAGCUCCUCCACCAGUUCCACCGUUGCCGUCGGCCGCUGCCUUGAAGGCAACCAUUGCAAUCGAGUACGGCGAAGAGGACGACGAGGAUGACCGACGGAAGAAGAGUUCAUUGACUAGGUGCUAUCCUACUAAGACGAAUCAAAACCAGCAGCAGCAGCAACAACAACACCAUCACCAUCAGAUCACAACGCCAACUUCGUACCGUACCGAGUACGAACUGUCCGGGUCGUACGUGUCGCUCGAGUGCCCCUCGCCACCAGGCCCGCCACAAUGCCUAACCGAAAACAACCGACGGGAUCCGCAGGCUCGCCUGGCCCGAGGCCUCCGGAACCUGUACACGGAGCUGUCCCUGAAGGAGCCGGUACUGCCGACCUGGGUGCAGCCGGUUACUCCGGGCCUGCUCUGUCCAGCUAGGCUGGAACCCGAACUAAGACUGCACAUCCAUUCGCACGGACUGAACGAGUGCAUCGCAGUCGACCAGAUCCUGACCGCCGUUCAGUCCAAGGAUGGACCGUUCCUGGAAGCACCCCGCCGGGUGCUGAUCGAGUGCCCGCCGUGGGUCACCCGUAGCGCGCUCGCCCUCCGGAUAUUGUAUGCCUGGAGCCGGGAGCCACCGUGGCCUCCACGAGGUCAACCCGUAGCUUUAGCACUUUUUAUACCAUUGAACGAACUUAAGGGAUCGUUAGCCAGUUAUGUAGCGAAAGAACUUUUACCUCGGGGUACGCAGAAUCCAUUCGCAUCCGGAUUCGGGGGAUUCAACGCCGCGUGGAGUUCGCUGGAAUCGCUGAAGAGCAAAUUACUAAUCGUACUGGAUGGGUACGACGUUCAGAGUAAGUCACGGAAGAAUAAAUCCGUCCAAAAGGACGUGACGGAUCUGUUGGAGGGUAGGUUGUUCCCCGAAGCGAGAGUUAUCCUGAUCAGUGUGACUUCGUCGUGUGGGGAGUUGCUUCCCCUGAUGCAGCGGCAUAUAACAUUCGAGGGCAUAACUUGGGGUCGAUCAGUUUCCUUACUAGGGGGUGGACAAUGGGGUGCUCCCACAAGACUGAUCGAUUGUGUUCAAGACUGUAGAUACCUGCGUAAUAUAGCAAGGACAUCAUUGGGUUGUUUAUCCAUCUCAGCUAUCUACGCGGCAAAUGCUGGGGACCUCCCAACGGAUGAAAUCGACGUUAUCGCAUCCGUGUUCAACUGUGUUGCCAACAAUUCUUCGCACACUCAAGUCACCGAACUGGGAAGACUUGCAUUGUUUUGUUUGAAGACUAAGCGAUCAACAGUUAGUUCAGCGGAACUAAAAAUGUAUUGUUCUUCCCCGGAGAGUAACAUCAUCGGAUGCUUGGACAAGGCUCCGGUUUUCGGGCGUACUGCGAAAAGAAAAUCUGAAUUUAGUUACACCACCAUCUGUCCCGGAAUCGCAGAGUUUUUAGCUGCCAACUAUAUUGUAUCACUAGCGUGUCGACCGGGUUUACUCGCAGCUGAAGUCGCCGGACUUACCAUUGGAGACGAAGUGGAACCAGAAAUCCUCAAAGUGCUAACCUAUGCCAUGUCUCUACUAGGCUCGCGAGCCCAUCUCCUGCUUUCCAAACUAACCCCGCUUUGGUUAAGUCCCCAAACUAUAUUCUCUCUAGCCUUAGCCGGUGGUGAAACCGAAGCCAAUCUCACUGCCCUUUGUGAACUCUUAGGAAUAUCCAAAUCACCUCCCAUUCCACCACUAGAGGCCAAACCCAUCUGGGUUCAGAUUAAAUCCACACCCUCGGAACUUCAGGGUUGGGGACUAGCGCUCAAGAGUCCCACCUGCACGCUCAAAAACCUAGAACUAGUCUACCAGAUCGAGAAGAACAUGCUUCUGGAGGCACGAAAUGUCAUGGACAUCUUCCUGGAUGCGUUAUCCAAAAACGAAAGUGUCACAACCCUGCGAAUAACUUCGCUCAUCGAAAACGAAGUUCGAGACUCGGACAUCAAUUAUCUAGCAACUUGCAUAUCCAAAACCGUACUGAAACCAAGACUGGAAAGCUUCGAGGUCAUUCUGACUUUGUUGGAAGAGGAUCCUCCUAUCCUGAAACUGCAAUCCGUUGUGACGGGCCUUUGUAGAACGAUUCCUCGACAGCCAAAACUUAGCAAUCUUAUUCUCGACCUAGGCCUUUGCACAUCGCAGUUGGUUCAAAUCUGCUCAAUGCUUGAGAAGUGUCCUCACGUCACAAGACUUUCAUUCCCACAUCUACGAUGCGAACGUGGAGCCGUCGGGGCACUCGCAAGCCUGUUGAAUGCUCGACCUCUUUCCUAUCUUGCACUAGCCUCCAGCUGGGGAGCUCGCGAUGAUCCCCCAUCGUCCAGUGGCGUGAGCAUGGGCUCCGGCUCCGGUAGCAGCUCCGGCAAUUCCGGCCUUAUUAAACAAUCUUCUCUCACCGGAGCUCCUUCUCCGCGGUCCUACCCAUCCGGAAUCUUCUCAUCACUGCCCCGAGGGGUUCUCAACUCCACAACGAACAUGGGUCGAUCAGCCACUCUUCCUCGUCAACCUAUGGAUGGACCUCCGGACAAACGAAGUACCGAUUCAGUUAUCUCUCGAACGUGGUACCCGACUCCAGCGUGCGAUGGGGGUCCUCACAAUUCCGGAACACUCCACGAACUAUUACUAGCAGCACGGGACUCGUACUCUCGCUUGCAUGGACUGGACCUCAGCAAAGCUCAACUCUCGCUCGAGGACUCCAUGUGUUUGGGAGAAACGGUUCGCGUUUCCACUAACCUGCACUCGAUCAAGCUGGAGGGUGCUUCGCGGCUCAGCGAGAUCCUACCCACGGUGCUUGGCGCAAGCGAAUCGCCCAGCUUGCAGAUGCUCAGCCUUGGAUCGCCCCGAAUCGCGCUGGAGGAUGCCGCCGUUGGAAUGUCAGCUCGUGCCUUGGGUAGUUGCAUCACGCUAAGAUUGCUCAGUCUGGAUGGCUGGAGUUUCAGGAUAGAGAACGUAGGCACGCUGGCGUCGGUGCGGGGCUUCCUGUCGUUGACAUCGAUCCGCGAGCUGGGCCUCAACAAUUGCAGGCUGAAUCUUUCCAUGUUUAAAAGUGACGUCCAGAUGCCGAGCAGUGCAUACGAGUGCCGUUCGGUGGUGAACUUGAAGAUGGCGGGAGCUCAGAUGAUCUUCUCCGAUCACGUUUCGAUGAAGGGACCCCAUAUGCUACCAUACUUGAUCGGUUUCGUAAAUUUGCGUGAACUGGACCUGUCGGCACCGUCACGAAGUGGUCUAGGUAGUACUACCUCCAAUCCGUUGAUUCUUUCCGACAAGGACUUGAUCAGUUUUUUCAAUACGCUCAACGGUCACUUCAGCUCUCUUAACACGCUCAAAAUCUGCAACUGGAUCGUGCACCUGGACGACGUGAACCGAACGAUGAAGUCCCUCUCGAAGCUGUUCAAAUCGAGCCCCUUGAGCCACGUCAAGCUCGACGGAAUCAUCGUGCUGGAUCGGCCGAAAAAGCAACGGAUCGAGUCGAUGUUCAUGCAUGCCCUGCUUGGGUCACUGCCGCUGUUGCGUUGGCUGGGAAUAACAAUGGCCGGCAUGAACGAAGAACAAAUUGGUGCCCUUGGGACGUACUGCGCCGACAUUCGGGGCAUGGAGAUCGAUAUCAGAUUGUGCGACUCAACGAUCGAAAGUGCAAAAUUAAUGACGCACCCGCUCGGUCUGGACGGCAAAUUUGAUAUACGGGUGUCGACGUUCGGAACCUCCAACAGCAUCCUGGUUCACAUCGAGAAGACCUCGACCAAGAGCUUGUCCCGCAAGUGAAGAGCAAGCCGGAAGCUUCUUCCGGGGAAAGCGUACAGUUAAGGUGGAGAUAACUAAUAAGUUCGGCGGCAAACUCCGUCACCGUGAAUAAUUGGGAAGCAGUCGGUGCACAGAUUUUCCGUUUUGCAGCACGCCACAACAAUCGAUGUCUCUCUUCUCGUGUUAUUUAUUCGUUAAUUUUCUGGCUCGAUUCGUGAAUCUUUGUAGGAAAAAGGGUUGGGUUUGGGGUUUGCUUUUUUUUUGGGAAUUUAUGGAACAAACUUUCUGCUUCAUUCUAGCUCCAUCUUUGCCGAACUUGUGUUGGUUCAGUUAAAUAAAAAGUCACCGGGUUCUCUUCCGCAACGUGCAACCAACUUGUUUGGAAGUCGCAGUCGCCAACCUCUAUCUGAUUCCUUGUUCAUAUGCUUUUCGUUAUUAUUUCCUGCGAUAUUACAAGUGACCAGCCCACUGAAGUCUGCUGUAUUUUAUACGAUGCAAAAUAUUUUAAUCUUUCUUUUAUGUCCUUUUAAGAGAGCUUUACUUUACACUCUGUGCAGCAUGAAUACUCAGGGGAUAAAUGAAAACAACGUGUAGCUUAGUUGGAGUUUACAUAAAGACUGAUCUCAGCCCCUUUAUUUGACUUCAUCCUACCUAAAUCGACGUUGGUUCACCGAGUACGCCGUUAUCCGUUUAACGUCAUUUCGCCUGUCGGUUACACACUAAAUGUGUAUACCACACUUUCUACGCCUGAUACAUGGGAAAAAAAUCAGUAUCACUGAAAAAAUAUGCUCUGAUGGAGCUUUUUUAAUUAAAAUCGCACAAAAAAGAAUUUUUGACGAUAAUUUUACAAUUUGAUGUUUUUUUGACAAUAUUGAAUAUUGGUUUAAAAUGUUUAUGAAAAAUCAAUAGGCUGUUCUUCUUUUAUUCUAUCAUAAAAAGUCUAUAAAUUCUGAAAAAAAGCAAACACCAUUGCUAUGCUUAACUGGACCGUAUUUCCAUAGCGAAAAAAUAUCGAGAGAAUCUACACUAGAAUCUAUUGUUGUCACAUCGCACUUUCUAUAUAGGUUACGCACACUCACAGCAACAUGGUCUCACUCUUUCACCAAAACUGUCCUUCUAUCUCAGCAUCAACCAACUUCGGAACAUCGGACUACCAGUUCCGCUUUCAAAGUUUGCUACUACACAAAGAUCACUCCCAAGUUGAAAACCAUUUACACACAUAUGUGAAGAAAGAAGACAAUAUUAAAAUUUUACAAACAAACAACGGUAGAAACAGUAAUGCAAAACGGUAAACAUUCUAAAGUUGGUCAAGACGCAUACACGCACAGCGCAGUUGUUGUAUUAAAUAUGUAGCCGUAAUUUUGCACUCUGUGUAUUUCGCUUUUUGCGUGUGCGUGCAAUCGACAGUUUUUCACUAACACAACACAUACUGGAGAUAGAAAGAGAGACUUGGAACCAAUAUUUAUUGUAUUAAAGCUCCUACCAUGGAUGUAGGACGGCUUUGCCGAGCCGGUUGAAUUUUAGAUGAAACAAGAAAAAUAAACUCGUGUACAUGUGUUACGUUAUUACGUUUUAUUGGAAUUUAAAACCGCCUACAGCCGCAUUUUACUAAAGUUAGAGAUGGAAAAGCGUAUAUUUUGACAUCCAAGAUUCAAAAAAUGCACAUAUAUUUUUUUAGAUUUUUAGAAUGUUCCACAAAUGUCAAAAGUUUAUUAGGUCCACAGAAUUAUUUUCAAAAAAAGCUGUAUAAUCAAAACGAAAAUGUAUAAAUUAUUUUAAGAUAAUAUCAAGGAUUGAGAAUCCUUUCGUUGAGCCUGUAUAGAGUGGAAUGACUGAAUCCAGCUCAGUUUCUAUGCAGUAUUUAUAUUAGUAACUAUGCCUCCCUGUUCGUGUAUUCAAACUAAAUGCUUGCUAAAAUUAUUUAUCUCAUACACAUUAGUAGUCAUUUGCUCAUCGUGUAUGUGCUUUUCCUUAUACUUUAAUGAUGAAUGCACUUUUUAGCAUUCUCACAACUUAUAAGGCCUCUCUACAUUGACUGGCUUGUCACGAAUAGCGCAGAAUACAUUAGCAGACAUAAACGAAGCCAAUCGUGCUCAAAUUCAUUUAAUCAAUGAAAACUUACAUUUAUUGGAAUUGCAAAAGGUGAGAAAAACUUACCUAAAAUGCUGUUUUAAUGAAACAAACCAAAUCUAUACUGAAUGUAGUGGUGUUAAAAACAAUCUUAAAAAUGUUGAAAUGAAUUCAUCAACUUCUUUUCCUUGAAAUCGAUGGUUUGAAACAAUUUACUUUAAACUCAGUGACAAACACGUUAUCUAUUUAAACAGAAUAAAAAAAAUACUAUGUGAAAUUGAUAUUUGUAUGAAACAAAAAAAACGAUGCUGUCGUUAUGAGCAAACUAGCACAUGUCUGUAGAGUUAAGAGUUAAUAAAUUUAAAAUCCGAUAACGGAGAAAAAUAGAUCAAAGUGAAAACUUUCCGAAACAAAACGAAGCACUCAAUAUACACGUCUUUUAGCGGAAUUUGAUAAAGAAGAUAUUUGACAGGUGAACACAACAACCGAUGUAGAUUACCUAAACGAAACAUUUGUUUAAAAAAAAGUCUUACAUUCAUUAGAAAUGUGCUACUCUUUGUCUCUAACACAAUAGCAAGCAAUUCGGCUUCGUAUGUGUGGAAACGAGAAAUUUCGUGAAUUUUGUUCUAUGUGUAAAUCAAAUGAAACUGAAAAAAACCUACGCGAGACACACACACACACAUGGUGUUGGUCAAAACUGGAAGAAAAAAAACAACAAACCUAAAUGUGCAACUUACUAAACUUUCCAAACAUGUAUAUGAAAAGUUGUUAGCAAAUUGCGGAUUGAACAUGCUCAUAGUCGAAGCUGUGACGAGAGGAGAAUUGUGCUAUAUAUAUGUUUGACACAACACAACCAAAAAAGAAAACUCGCAUUAUUUCCAUCACAUGACGAUUUCAAGGUUUGAAAUAAAAGUUGACGAGUAAUGAAAAACA